AUGUGCUCGGCUCGUGCGAAAAUUCUCGGUUCGACGGAGAUUCAUGUGAAGCGGGACAGUACAAUCGCAUUAGCUUGUUCGGUGAACAUUCAUGCUUCUUCAGUUUCUUGGUAUCAUGGCUCAUCGGUUGUGGAUUUUGAUUCUCAGCGUGGGGGAAUUAGUUUAGAAACAGAGAAAACGGAUGUGGGUACAACUAGUCGUUUAAUGUUGACACGUGCAUCGUUGCGUGAUUCUGGCAACUAUACCUGUGCACCAACUGGUGCGGUACCAGCGUCAGUUAGAGUACAUGUACUCACUGGUGAACAACCUGCGGCUAUGCAAACUAGCACCGGCAGCACCGAAAGUCCUACUUAUUUAACAGUUGUCGCAUUCACAAUCACAUCAUGGUACCAAUACGCAAUCAUAUCACAUACGACUUUCAGCUACGCCAACAGCAACGUGUUUCGACGAAGGUGAUUGCAUACUCAAUAAAAACUACUUUCAAUUAGUUGAAAGCAACAUAAACUAACAGCCAACGAAGGCAAAGAACAUUAAUGUAGAGGUGAGGACGAUUCUUUACAAUAAGUAGAUAUAAGAUACACUUAGUUUGUUGUUGACUAUUAGUGUCUAAUGAUAUUAUCGACCAUUUUAUAUAUUCAGAAGUACUGAUUACAUAUAUGAUAAUGGGUAUCAUAAAGAGUUAAUAACAGAUUUUUCUUACCUUUAUAUUAUUUACUAUUUGCGAUUUAGACUCAUAUCAUUAUUACUUAUUUAACCAAACCAGCUUCGAAGUUCUUCAGGUCGAUGUUGUAGUACAAAAGGAGAUAUCUACAGAUCUAUUAUGCCUCUCAAACGAGUCGUUUUUUAUGAAAAGUUUUUCGUGACAAUGCUCGAGAGUACAACUGAUGAAAUGUAUGCAUUGAUCAUAGCCUAAAUACCAAAUACCUCAAUAUCCUUAUGUCCGUAUACAUCAGGCAUU